AUGCCUUUAGUCAUUAUCUCCGGAUUACCUUCCAGCGGUAAGACGACACGCGCGAAAGAAAUACUAAACUACUUCAAUGACCGAUUUAACAGAGAGAGGCAGACCAAUCGGAUUCAUUUGAUUAAUGAUGAAAGUUUGGGAAUAUCGAAAGACAGUUAUCAAGAUACAAGGGUAGACGAGCAACAUUCUCGAGGAGCGAUGUUAUCUGCGGUUGAGCGUCUCUUAUCAAAAGAUGAUUUAAUAAUAGCAGAUGGAAUGAACUAUAUCAAAGGAUUCAGAUAUCAACUUUAUUGUGUUGCACGUGCUGUUGGAACACCUCAUUGUGUGGUAUAUUGUGGAGUAUCGAUAGAUACUGCAAGAGAAUGGAAUACAAAGAGAGGAGCAGAAGGAUAUGGCUCAACAGUAUUUAACGAACUAGUCAGUCGAUUUGAAGAACCAGACGAUCGUAAUCGAUGGGAUUCGCCACUUUUUACUGUUCUCUCUGACGAUACGAGUGUUUCAUGUGACGCUAUCUGGGAUGCUGUAAUUGUACGAUCGCCAAAACCUCCCAAUCAAUCAACUGUAGUGAAACCAGCGAGUGAAACCAGUUACUUGUACGAACUAGAGAAGACGACACAAGAGAUAGUCGAUGCAGUAUUAGAAGCACAGAAACAUAAUAUUGGCGGUGGUAAUGUGAAAAUUGCAGGAGUAAAUCAACAAAUAUCCUUUCUCCUUGCAUCAGUCACCAUUUUGGCUUAUAUUCGUAUGUGUGAAGCAUAG